AUGCGUGCCAUGUCCACCGCGUCAACGGCUACCACUGCGACCACCCACCCCCCGGAUGCCGGGGCCAACCUGUCCACGUCGCAGUUCUUCUCCUCCCCUCCUCCUCCUCCUCCACCCGCCCUGUCUAUCUCCCAUGCCGACCAGUCAAGACCGCGACGAAUCAAGUCCAAGUCGUCCCUACGAAGCCUCCGCAGCUUGGGCAGUAGCAGUGAACCCGACGAUAACCAACAACAACACGACCUCGGUUUCGACAAGACUCUUGUCCGCCCGUCAAUUCUCCGUCGCUUGUCCCCCGGCCUGGCUGCCCGCGUCAAGCUACUAGACGGUAGUAACAAACACAACAGUCCCUCUCGCAACCCCGGCGCCGUCGGUCGGAUUCCCGAGGAACAAAUUAAAGAACUCGACAAAUCGCAUCAGGAUUUAUCCAAAUCCAUCAAGAUCGAAAAGAAGGGUCGCUCAUGGAAUGCUCUGCCUCGGCUACACAAGGAUAAGAAAUCUCACGAAAGUGGAUCCGGUCAUUUAGAGGUCCCCGAACCGCAGCUACCGGAAGCAACCCCAGAGGAGUUGGAGGAGGUACCGACACCCGACUCGGAUCGUCCCCUGGAUCUGCCUUCGGAUCAAGAGCUGGAAGAGGCCCCACUCCCGGACGAGGUUGAAGAAGCCGAGGAAGAGGCAGUGAAGGUUGAGGCUGUUGGGGAAGAGGUUAUUGAGGAAGACGCUGUUGCAGAGCAAGGCGUUGCAGAAGAAGUCGUUGCGGAAGACGCUGUUGGGGUAGAGGCUACUCUGGAAGAGCCCCAAACCGACAUGUCUGUUGUUCAGCAUGCUCCGGCGCCAUUAGAGCCCAGGCCAGCUCCCGAAUAUGACGUCCCCGAGCAGACAGAUUUCGAAAAAUACAUACAGAGCACCAAUGAUGACGAUUCGAAUCCACCCCCGCCGCCGCCCAAAGACUCCCCACGUCCACGAUCGACCACUUCCUUAAGCUCACAAUCCUACUUCAACCCCCAAGGGUUGCAGCGCACCGAGUCCAUCUACUCGUUUUCGCGCGCCUCGUUUAGCAAUCAACUCUCCCAGCUCACAUCUAUCCCCCUUCCGCAACCGUCGUCGCUCGAGGCUAGUAUCUCAUCCAUUGCAACCGCCCCUGCGGCGGUUCGGGCGCUUACCGGAGCCGCGGAACAAAUCCAGAUAUGGGUUAAGAAGGCAUCGGAUGUGCUAGGGGGACUGGAUGCGGAGGAUGACGUGGAAUGGGCAGCUGCGGCCGGACGAGAAGGUCUGGAGGGGGUGGACAAAGCGAUUAUCCGGUUCGAGAGCCUGAUCAACGUCUAUGUCAGGGCGAUCGAGGAAGUGCAGCUGCGCGAGGAUAUUGGCGACGUGAGCACCGAUAGCCUCCAAACGAUUGUCGUGCAGAUGGACACGAUCAUACAAAGUUGGGCCCACAUCAAGAAUCGACUUCGGGGGGUUAAAGGACAAGUUGAGCUGGCAAUGGAGUGGGAAGAGCUGUGGGGAAAUGUCUUGGGCGAUGUGACGGUAGAGGUGGAGAGUCUCACCGGGCUGAUCUUCGAGAUGGAAGAAAAACGGCACUGGACGCUGGCAGGCGAGCAGGACUCUAGCGCCUCCGGGCUCGACAUCAAUGAGCUGGAGACUAUCGUGGAAGAGACCCCGUCGCAGGCGCAACUGCUGUCCAGCAAACGGCUCAGCAUAGACCCCAUACUUACCGGACCCCCUACGAUGGAUAUGCCUGUCAUUCAGACGCCACAUGACGAUACAAAUCACUCGAACCUCAUUGCGCUGUUCGCGCGAAUACAACCGUUGCGAGCGUCGCUGGAUUUCUUGCCGAUGAGAAUGUCCAUGUUCCAAGCGCGGGCCGAGAAAAUCUUUCCCAGCGCUUGUGAGGAGCUCGAGGAGCGGCGGGGCCAUCUCGAACAAAGCUUCCAAAAGCUGGAGCAUGAUGCAGAUGCGCUGCAGAAGGAGCUCAACGAAGACCGGUGGAUCCUCGUGUUCCGUAACGCGGGCGGACAGGCGCAGAAAAUGUUUGACUCGGUGGAACGGAGCAUCGCCAAACUGCAGGAGGCUAUCGAGACCUGCGCCCAUUUGCAUGAUGCAACGUUGUUUACGAAACGUAUCGAAAGCUAUGAGGCCAAGAAACAGCACUAUGUCGCAGCAAUUGAACGAGUAGUGUCGAUUAUUCGCAAGGGUGUCGAUGACCGACUGACGGUGAACGGAGAGAUUCUGCGACUGCUGUCGGACAUGACCUCGAGGGUCGACGCUUUGAAGGCGAGUGUGCGGGUGAUGGAUGAGUGGCUGGAGGACAUUAACUUUGUCCGAUCACAGCAUCUCCGGGACUCGAUCUCGAGUAUCAUGACGAUGGACAGUCCUCUGACCGGCAGUGUCGCCGAUACUCCGGGAAGCUCCCCGGCAUCAUCAGUGGUGAUGACGCCUGCCAACCCCCUUAAGGGCUCUGCCACGCCUAUUGGAACAUCUAGUCGACGUGGCAGCUCAGUCAGCUCUGCAGCGCGGACGACAAUGUCUAAAAUGCGACGGUACUCGGGCAUCCCGCAGGCGACGGCCGCGCUGACGAGCAAGAAGUCGGCUCUCCCCAAGCCCACGCUCACUGCGCCAUCACCGAGUCGAAUGGGCGCCGCCACACCCACCCCUGCUGCGCGUAAGCCGGUCAAGCCGGCGCCGUCACCCAUUCCCAACCGUCCGCGCUGGACCAACAGCACCAACACGAACGAUUUGUAUGUCGGCCACGUGUAUAAACCCAAUCCUACUCCCCGCAAGGCUUCUGCGCCUGGCCGCACUUCGCGGCCCUCGUCGACCAUACCUAUGGGACCGUUCCGGCGCGACAUGUCGGUCUCUCCGGCACCGAUGACGGCGCGCUCUAUGAGUCGUGUUUCAAGCCGGCUGACGAAUCGCAGCCCAGAGCGCAUGGGCUCUCCUACACCUAAUCGAACUAUCCUCGAUCCCCCUCCUUACAGCAAGCUCCGGCGGCCAGACGGCAUGUCGAACGCGCCGCGCAGCCGACAGAGCUUUGCGGGGCUGUCGUUCAGCCGCAGUGUGUCGCACGACCACGAACGAAACCUUGCCAGUCCAACGAAGACACCGCGGCCAGGCACCGCGCUGGGGCAUUCCGCGAACCGGCGGAUCAGCUUGAUCCCAUUGCCGAAGAACAACCCGACGCCUCGCAGCAAGCUCGGAGAGCGGCCGCCAUGGCGGUAA